AUGGUCCUGCCGGAGCACAUCCUGGUGCAGGAGGCCCUGCACGCCUGCCAGGGCAUCAGCGGGCGCUAUGUGUGGUGGCAGCCCGGCAAGGAUGGGGGUUCCUUCGCGCUGGGCCCGGGGGCAGAGGUGCCCCCCGCCCAGCGCCAGGCCGUGUCCCGCGUGGCUGAGGUUGGAGCCCUGCUGCGUCGCAUCGAGGAGCUGCGUCGCGACCCCCCCUCCCCGCUGCACGAGGCCCUGGGCUCGGCAGCCUCCCGGGAGGUCUCCUCCCUGCUCCGCCUGCUGGCCAUCCUGGAAGCCAGGGCCGGCACCCGCUCCGACGCCCUGACCCUGCGACGCCUGGAGCCGCGCCUGGUGCCGGGUGCCCUGGCCCGCUCCAUCCUGGACGCGGGGCGCACCGUCAACUUCCUCAAGCAUGUCUGCGGGGACGUGGGCUGGGAGGAGGGCGUGGCUGCGCACGCGGGCGCCCUCUGCCCGCCCUGGGGCUCCUGCCUCCAGCUCAAGUGGCUGGAGAACGCGGUGACGGGCGUGCAGCAGGCCGCCAGCGCCCAUCUGCUUCAGCACCUGCACCGCGCGCACGGCCUGGAGCGCCACCUGCUGGCGCUGAAGCACCACAUGCUGAUGGGACGGGGCGACUUUGUGAGCGCGCUGCUGGACCUGGCGGAGCCCGAGCUGGACAAGCCGGCACGCCAGGUGUCGCAAUACGUACUGCAGGGACACCUGGAUGCCGCGCUGCGCGCCAGCACCGCCUCCAGCCAGGACACCGACGUGGCGGACCGGCUGACCGUGCGCCUGGCGCGGGCGCUGGAGGGCGACUCGGGCUGGGACGUGUUUUCCCUGCAGUAUGCCGUCGACGGCGCGCUGGCGGCGGUGCUCGCCCCCAGCGCCAUGGCAUCCUACCUCCGGGUCUUCCGCCUGCUCUGGACGAUCAAGCGGGUGGAAAGGGUGCUCGGCCGUGCCUGGGCGCGCCUCAACGACGCCGCGCACGCCAUGGCCACGCUGCGAGCUCUGGAGAAGGAGCACGGCGUUGACGUCUCCGGCGCCGAGAAGGUGCCCACAAUGCUGCGAGCCUUCCACUCCUGGAGGAGCGAGGCGGCGCAGUUUGCGUCCAGCCUGCAGUCCUACAUCGCGCUGGAGGUGAUCGAGCCCGCCUGGGCCGAGUUCGGGGCCUGCCUGGGGAAGGCGCGGGACCUGGACGAGGUGGUGGGACUGCACGAGGGCAUGCUCGCCAAGCUGGUGGAGGGCCUGUUCCUGGGAGGCACGGGCCCAGGCCUGGGCGGCAGCUCCCUGGGAGGGCAGCAGGGGGCAUCUGCGGCCCCGGACCCGCACACUGGCCUCCGAGCGGCGCUCAUCUCUAUGGCCGCCCUGCUGGAGCCCAUCCACGGCCUGGCCGGUUUGGUAGAGCAGGCCGUGGCUGCGCAGCGCGGCUACCUGGCCCGCGUCAAGGAAAGCGAGACCAGCGGGACAUGGACGGACGAGGUGUACAACUCCCCGGAAAUCGAGGCGGAGGCGCUGACGGAGCUGCACGGUGCCAUGUGGCAGGCCCACGCCGCAUACGAGCGCCACUUCCGCACCUUCCUCUCCCUCCUGCCAGCGCAGAGCCACCUGGACCUCCGCUUCUUCCUCUCGCGGUUCGAGGAAGGGGGGCCCAGCGGUCCCGGCGGCACGGCGCUCGACUUUGGGUGA